GUUAGUGUGCUGCGACGGUUGUUACCUCAGUACUGGUCUGGUCUGGUGUGGUGAUAUACGUUCGUGCGAUGUGGGAGACAUAUGAGUUGCUAUGAACGUGCGUCUGCUUUUGCUCCGAUUCGGGAUCACAUGUGUCGUUCCGUAUAUUCACACGUCCUGUGCAAGUUGAUUGAACCGAAAACACAAAAUGAAAAUUGCUUUCGAGGAGACCGUGUGAACAGGAUUUUCAAGCUUGAUUGGAAUCAGCUAUGAUGGAACGUAUUGGCUUUAAUUGGGAAAAUAGCAGCUUAACACUUGCGGUUAAAUCAUCCGACAUACAGCGCGAUUCGUGCCUUUGAAACAAUCCUUAGUAUUAACAAACCGAACCGUCCAUUUCAAGGAAUUUUAAAUAAAACGAAAUUUUACGUUUCACGAGAUUCAUUCACGUUUAUACGUUAUAAAUUUUUAAAAAUAUUGCGACAAUAAAGCAAAUUGCAGCGAGGGAAUAUUCAAAGUGCACAAUUUUGCCGAUAGAGACCAAGACUGGUAAUUACCUGUUAAGUUAAACUCGAGUGACGAAUGUGAUCAAGAUAUAUUUGAUGAAUCGUACGAACUUUUCUUGACGAUGGCGCUUUUGUAGAAAACUAGCCGCUGGAAGCAAUGCCGGAAUGAGUUAAAAUUAAAAUUCGAAGAAAAUGAAAAUAACGCUAUCUACAGUACGGAACAUUGGAGAAGACGAUAAAUAAGUAACGAGUAUUAUCUCUGAGAUAAAAUUUAGAUUUAUCUCUGGAAUAAUGAGACCAGAUAUAUAUCACAGAUAGUAAAUUCUCGCACGAGUCGAAUGCAAACACAUAAGUCCACGAAAGUUUGGCCGAUUAUCUGAAAGAAAUUAACGUUGUGCAAAUUUCUCUGAAAUCUAUUAAAACCCGAUAAAAAGAAAUAUAUGUACAAGAUAUCAAUCACAAUAAAUAUAAGAAACUCGGGUGCUCGUAGGAGAGGCAAUAUUGUACGCAGAUAUUAUAUUGAUUCUCGAUACGAUUUUCUCGGCGAAAAAGCGAGGAAAAGAGGAAGAAGAAAAUGAGAAGGGAUUCUGACAUCAGCUCGAAACAAUAGUUCCCUUGACGGCACUAAUUAUCGCAAAGUGCGAAAACGUCUGCCUAAUAAGACCAAUAAGUUCAUUUCGCGCUUGCUGAUAAGCUUAUGUAAUCACGACGGAAGACGCGGCCCGAUAGUGUAUCGGCGACGACCUUCUCGAGAUCCGUCUACUCGACUGCGCCGACGAGGAAGCGGAAUCUGAGGUAAUGCCUAGAUGUAGUUGACGAUAUAUCAUUCGGUCGCGUGCCGACGUGGGGAACGGCUGCCGCUACCGCCGCGAAGAAUAUCACGAGGUCUCCGCCGGCAAAAGUGCGGGCCGAGCGCGAACAGCUGAGAGUGAACCACGUGCGACAGUUACCUUAGUCGAAUGAGAGAUGACGGUCUCCUACACUGCCGAGGUAGCGACAUGCAGGGGUCUUGGUUGCUUCCUCAAGUUGCUGCUCAGAUGGCGAGCGAGCAUCUACAAACUCGUCUGGCUCGAUUUGGCGCUCUACCUCUCUAUCUACUAUGCUCUAUCCGGAACUUACCGCCUGAUAUUGAACGCUGAGCAGAAGAAAACUUUCGAGGCCGUGGUGGCGUACUGCAACGAGUACAGCGACUUGAUACCGUUGUCGUUUGUCUUGGGCUUCUAUGUCAGUAUAGUCAUGACUAGGUGGUGGAAUCAAUACAUGGCGAUACCAUGGCCCGAUUCCAUUGCAGUCUUCGUAUCGGCCACUGUACACGGAAACGACGAACGCGGCCGUCUAAUGCGCCGGACAAUCAUUAGGUACGUUUGUGUCUGUCUAACUAUGGUCCUCUCGAACGUUUCACCGCGAGUAAAGAAGAGAUUCCCUACUUUGGAACAUUUCGUCGAGUCUGGUUUGUUGCUGGAGAACGAGCUCUCAGUAUUCCAAGGUCUGAAUGCCAAAUUCCCUAAGCCGAGCAAACACUGGCUGCCGAUUGUUUGGGCCUCCAGCAUCGUGACUCGUGCUAGAAAAGAAGGCCGAAUACGCGACGAUUUCGCGAUGAAGACCCUCGUAGACGAACUUAAUCAAUUCCGCGGAAAAUGUGGCAGUAUUACACAUUACGACACGAUUAGUGUCCCCUUAGUCUAUACUCAGGUCGUAACAUUGGCAGUCUACACGUACUUCCUUACCAGCGUGAUAGGUCGUCAGAUUGUUGAAAGCUCGACCAUCACCAUCGAUCUGUAUUUCCCAGUAUUUGCGACGUUGCAAUUCUUUUUUUACAUGGGUUGGCUGAAAGUGGCCGAAACAUUGAUCAAUCCGUUCGGCGAAGACGAUGACGACUUUGAAGUCAACUGGUUAAUCGAUCGAAAUUUGCAGGUGAGCUAUCUAAUCGUUGACGAGAUGCAUCACGAGCAUCCUGAGCUCAUACGCGAUCAAUAUUGGGAUGAGAUAUUUCCCACAGAGUUGCCGUAUACAGCUGCGGCUCAACCUUUCCGUGAGGAACAUCCACAACCCUCAACAGCUGGCAUACAAUUAUCUGCAGCGCAACAAGAAUUGCAACCGUCAUCAGUUAAGAUCGAUGAAAUGUUGUCAGAUUAUCAGAAAUUUCGCCCGGAUAUGGCUGACGACGCUGCGUCAGGAAUACAUUUCACUGCAAGAGGCAAGAUGUCCCGGAGUGCCAGUAGAGUGAGUAAUCGAGAUCGUACACUCAGUGGAGGCUCGACUUCUAGUAAUUUGGGCGGUUCGCUCACCAGGAUAAACAGUGUCACCAGCGUGCUCAAACGAUUCUUCAGUAGAGAAGAUAGACCAGACGGAGUUACCACGAGUGAUAGCAAAACACCGGCAAAGAUUCCAAGUUCGAGUUCUACAGCCUCGCUGCAGAUGCGACAAAUAAACGCAGGUGCAGGUGGUUCCAUGAGGAUAGGUGUCAUCGAGGAGGUGGACGAGCAGAUGACAUUGACUUCAAUGAAGCACGAGAGUAAACCCCACGUACAGAGUAUAUUCGCACAAGGUCCACCACCGCCAAGCGCACCCGUUGACGUUCCCAGCGGUGAGCGAUCUCACAAGCGCGAUAUGUUCUCCAGAAGCGCACCCGUGGGAGGGAACAUAUGUACAAGCGACAAUUUGGAUACCAGAAUUACGCAUGAGAGAAGGAAAGGCAUUAGGAAGCAAGAAUCUACGCAUUCGGUGCAAUCGAACAUCACCUACGAGCCGACUAUCAGUUAUAUCGGUAGUGGAAGCAACGAUGAUCUUCCUAGCACCACGAGCUCAUCGUGUUCCAGCGACACCGCGGACGAGUUUACGAAAUUGAAGACCGAGAGGAAGGAGCAGAGACGUAAUCGUAGGCUCGCCCGAAGUGCGAGUACGAUCAACGAUCAAGCGCAAAGCCCUGUUGACGCGGAGACUCUUUUGCUCACAGAAUUGGCACAAGCGUCGCAUCUCGCCACAUUGGCGGCCGAAGAAAGGACCGAAGAAAGAAAUUAUCGGAAAUAAUACGAAUUCUCUUCACAUCGUAGUUUUACAAAAAAAGUAAAAAGAGAUUUGUUUGAAAGAAUAGAUUGCUUGAGUAUAUUUCUAAAAUGGCACUAAAAGUUAUUCUUUUCUUUCGAUAGUUAAUAAACAGCAGAAAGAUAAAUAUAGUAAAGUCAUUCCCGUGAUGCUACUGGAAAUGGCAUACAAGAAUUUUUAACGUAUUAUUUCUUGCUUCUGACAUUACAAUCUAACAUGAUCGCAGUGGAUAUCCAUACAGAAAUGCAUCAUAAGGAUAUCCCAAUAUGGAUUCUUUUCUCUCGAUAGUUAAUGAACAGCAGUAAGAUAAAUAUGGUCAAGUCACUCGCGUAAUGCUGUUGGAAAUGGCACGCAAGAAUUUAUAACGAGUCAUUUCUUGCUUCUGACAUUACAAUCAAUAUGAUUGCAGCGGAUAUCACACAGCAGAAAUGCAUCAUAAGGAUAUCCUAAAUAUUCUUAUAUCGCAAUAUUUUUAGGAUAUCACAACAUAAUAUGGACAUUUCUACUGUGUGAAGAGCCGUACCCUGGCAUGCAAUUUUCCUCUUUAAUUAAUUUAAGUUAAUUAUAAUUUUAACUUAAUUAUAAUACUUUUACUUAAUUAUAAUUUUAGUUAAUUAAGUUGAUUUAAUUAUAAUUUUAAUUAAUUUAUUAUUAUAGUUAUUUACUAGCGGUUAGGAGAAAAUAAUAGUUUUCGGAACAUCUUAUGAGUACUCUUUUAUUCAAAUAUUUUCUUUUUUGCAAAUGGCACGCAAGAAUUUUUAACAUGUCAUUUCUCACUUUUUUGAUGUAACAAUUUAACAUGGCCAUGGCGAGUACCCAAGAGCCUUGACAUGACAUCAGUGUUAUAAUCUCCCACUUCAUAAAAUAACUGUUACAUAACAUACGCGUUGUAGUGUAUUUACAUUAUUGAGUAAGAAAUUGUAACAUUGACGUUACUAAUAGUUGGUAUUUACUGGGUGUCGAGUUGUUCGAUCUAAUCUUUCGAUGGAAUGUAUAAAGCUCACAUAAGCCUAUCAGUUAAACUAUGAUAUGAAAAAAAUUUGUAUUGUAUCUGUUAUUCUUAAAAUUAUAAUUAAAUUAAAUCAAUUAGAAAGGAAAAUCGCAUGUCACGAUACGACUCUCUACAAAGCAGAAAUCUCCAAAUAUUAUGCCGCAAUAUCCUAAAGAUAUUGCGAUAUAAGGAUAUUUAGGAUAUCCUUAUAUCGCAACCUUAUAAUGCAUUUCUGCUAUGUGGAUAUCCGCUGCAAUUAUAUUAGAUUGUAAUGUCAGAAACAAGAAAUGACGUUAUAAAUUCUUGCGUGCCAUUUCCAACAGCAUCACGCGAGUGACUUUACCAUAUUUAUGUUACUGCUGUUCGUUAACUAUAAAGAGAAAAGAAUAUCUUUUAACGCGUUUUACAAGUAUAUUCAAGCAAUCUGCAAGCAAAGCAAGUGUUCUUUCAAACAAAACUUUUUUAUUUGUAUUUGUAAAUAGCAUGUAUGAAUUUUGGGAAUACGUUUUCUCAUUACAGACAUCAUCGAUCAAGAAUUCUGCGGCGAAAAAAACCUUAAUUUAUGUUUACUGGAUAGUACAUCGCAAUCAUGUAAACGAUAGAUUUUUUUAUUUAGAUUUUUUACAUUUCCUGCGUACUUAUGAAACAAUAUCUUGUGGAACAAGAAAUUUAUCAUUAUCGUUGUCAAUUCGACCAGAGUGACUGUGACGAUAAAUGUUAUUCGUACGUAAGCCGGUUGUGAGGUAAUUAGCGAUUGAUAGAUUUUCGACAUUCCUACGAAUUUGGUAGGACACUUAAAGCUUUAGCAACGACAAGUUGAUGUAAAGAUUUUUUACAUGAACGCGCAAAUAAAUACGCGACAGUAGAGGUGCUCCAAUGCGAUAGUAGAGGACUUUUGUUUCGCAAUUUAAUUCAUAAGUGAUGAAAAUGAAAAAUCUCAUAUCUUUUUAAAUAGUAGCUUAUAUGUAAUAAAUAUGUUAUUAAUAUUUGUAUAAGUAACGCAUCAUUAUUGUAUAUGCAUAGUGUUUCUAAAAUUAUUUUCAUGUGAGCGAAAAACUCAAGAUAAAUUGCUAAAGGUGCUAUAUGUAAAAAUUCGUUAAUCAACGUAUUCCACUAAGUCCGCUUUAUACAACGAAAAUACAAAAUAUAUUUGCAUUUUCGGGUUGCAUUCUAAAAUGUCCCUCUUGAGGAAAAUUUUACUCAAUACCUAUAAUAUAUGUAAAGUUUUGGACUGCAACCUCGGAUAGCAUAAACAUCCCGGAAUUAUAUUAAUGUAUCAAGAAUAGUAAGAUCAAGAAUCCAAGAUCAAGGAUCCAAGAUCAAGGAUCUUAGAUCAAGGAUCUUCUUUUCUAGGGACGUCUUAAAUACAUUUGAGAUCUCAGGAUGUUUUUUGUUAUAUGGAUUUCACAGGUUUGCUAUAUUUCACAAUUUCUGAAAAGUGAAAACCAUACUGAAUAAAAAUUAGUUUUGUACAUUUGGAAAAACUCUUUUCUCUCUUUUAUUUAAUUUUCAUCAUAUAAAAUUGAUUUUUAUGUUUUUCCUAUGCAAUGUUAUAUACAGAUUUUACAGAACUACGCAUAUGAACGACUUGACUAUUAUUGGUUAUUCUUUUACUAACAUUCCACCUUGUACACGGUUUGUUAUGAUGCUCGCAAAUAAGCCAUUUGUUUUGCAGUAUUAUUAAAAUAAAAUAUUUUUGAUAAGA